UGUGAUAUCUGUGGUAAAUCAUUCUCACAAAAUAGUGACUUAACUAAACACAGACGUCUUCAUUCAGGCGAAAGACCGUAUCACUGUGAUAUCUGUGGUAAAUCAUUCUCACAAAAUAGUGACUUAACUAAACACAGACGUCUUCAUUCAGGCGAAAGACCGUAUCACUGUGAUAUCUGUGGUAAAUCAUUCUCACAAAAUAGUGACUUAACUAACAGACGUCUUCAUUCAGGCGAAAGACCGUAUCACUGUGAUAUCUGUGGUAAAUCAUUCUCACAAAAUAGUGACUUAACUAAACACAGACGUCUUCAUUCAGGAGAGAGACCAUAUCACUGUGAUAUCUGUGGUAAAUCAUUCUCACAAAGUAGUGACUUAACUAAACACAGACGUCUUCAUUCAGGAGAGAGACCAUAUCACUCUGAUAUCUGUGGUCAAUCAUUCUCACAAAAUAGUGACUUAACUAAACACAGACGUCUUCAUUCAGGCGAAAGACCGUAUCACUGUGAUAUCUGUGGUAAAUCAUUCUCACAAAAUAGUGACUUAACUAAACACAGACGUCUUCAUUCAGGCGAAAGACCGUAUCACUGUGAUAUCUGUGCUAAAUCAUUCUCACAAAAUAGUGACUUAACUAAACACAGACGUCUUCAUUCAGGCGAAAGACCGUAUCACUGUGAUAUCUGUGGUAAAUCAUUCUCACAAAAUAGUGACUUAACUAAACACAGACGUCUUCAUUCAGGAGAGAGACCAUAUCACUGUGAUAUCUGUGGUAAAUCAUUCUCACAAAAUAGUGACUUAACUAAACACAGACGUCUUCAUUCAGGAGAGAGACCAUAUCACUGUGAUAUCUGUAAAUCAUUCUCACAAAGUAGUGACUUAACUAAACACAGACGUCUUCAUUCAGGAGAGAGACCAUAUCACUCUGAUAUCUGUGGUCAAUCAUUCUCACAAAAUAGUGACUUAACUAAACACAGACGUCUUCAUUCAGGCGAAAGACCGUAUCACUGUGAUAUCUGUGGUAAAUCAUUCUCACAAAAUAGUGACUUAACUAAACACAGACGUCUUCAUUCAGGCGAAAGACCGUAUCACUGUGAUAUCUGUGCUAAAUCAUUCUCACAAAAUAGUGACUUAACUAAACACAGACGUCUUCAUUCAGGCGAAAGACCGUAUCACUGUGAUAUCUGUGGUAAAUCAUUCUCACAAAAUAGUGACUUAACUAAACACAGACGUCUUCAUUCAGGAGAGAGACCAUAUCACCUGUGAUAUCUGUGGUAAAUCAUUCUCACAAA